AUGACGCCCUCACAGCUCUCAUACCUUUUCACCUGCUCUCACCUACUCUCAUAUCCUCCGUCUUCAUCUUCAGGACCUCCCUCAGCUAUGGCUGCCACUGUAGGCCCAGCUGAUGAGCUUCUCGACGAACAGCGACGCGAGUUGAUGGAGCAGCUUGCAGAUAUUAUCGGGAAAAGUAGAGUCACUUCAGCCGCAUGGGCGUGUCUCUGGUUCGCCGAUAUUGAGAUACUUCAGAGUCUAAUCACCCAUCUCAUUGAGGAUGAAGCUUUUCGCCGCGUCUUCAAAACUAACGACACAGGGUGCGCCCGCUCAAAGAAGAAGUCAAAAGAUGCUGAGAGCGAGAGUGAUUCGGAAGAUAAUCAGAUCUCGGACGAAGAUUCUAAUGACGAGACACCUGGCCGAAAGAGAAAAGCUGGUGCCAUAGGGAAACAGUCUCCAUCAAAGACUCCCAGGUUAAUCACUAUACCAAACCUCCAGGAGGCGACCACUUCUUCUGUCAAGCCCAGCAUAACGCCAACCAAAACUAGUACCGGUCGCAAGAAAUCUGCUAGGAAGCUAUGCGUAAAACGAGACGACCUCACUUGCCUGAUCACCGGUUUUAAAGAGCCUAUAGAGAUAGCCCAUAUCUAUCCUCUUUCCCUAGGCCAGAAGAGCAAGACAGAACAGGAGCAAUUUUGGGAAACUCUAUCCAACUUCUGGACGUCAGAGAAAAUUGAUUCCUGGAAGGCCGAAGUACUAGGACCUCAAGGAACAGAGCAUUGUGCCAACCUUAUGUGUUUCAGUAACAUCGCCCACAAACUGUGGGAGAAGGCCCGUUUUGCGUUGUACCCGCUUCAGCUGAGUGACGACAAAAAAACACUGACCGUAAAAUUCUUUUGGCUGCCUACAAUGAAGUAUCUUAAAAGCCAGUCAAUCACCCGACUUCCGUCUCCAAUUGCCCCCGAUCUUAUCUCGAGUACCAAGGACGGUAUACCUUUUGCUAAGUUAUUCAAGCUAGUAACGGAGGAAAAGAUUCGGUCUGGAGAUAUCCUCACUUUCUAUACAACUGAUCCAGUUAAACUCCCCUUACCAUCGGUCAAAUUGCUCCAGCUCCAGUGGACUUUACAUCGUGUUCUUGCUAUGAGUGGGGCAGCUGACGCUUCGGAUGAGGAUCUCGACCCAGAUUUCCACAGGCCGGCGGGUGCUGGCUUGUGUUGGGAAAACGAAGUCGAAGAAGAGGAAGUCGAAGAAGAGGAAGAUGAAGAAUAG